CCCAUAGUGGUACAGCCGACGUACGGCCUUUAGCUGUGCUGUCGUAUUCAAAGAUGUUUGAAUGUAUUGUUGAUACAUGUCAAAAAUAAACAGUUCGUUUGUAAACACAAUGUGAACGCGAUGUUUGGACUGAAACGAAGCAAAUAUAUCGCCGACAGCUCGGUGUUCUCGCUCAGAAGGGUGUACAAAAUGGCGUGGCUCUCCACACCGGUACGAACUCUUCUGGAAAUGUAUCCUCCACAGCCCAACAAACUUCAGAUGAUGUCAGAGCUGUGUAAGAGCUCAGUGCUGAUCAGGGAGCGUCGUCGAGUGGAGAAGACGCUUCACGCCUUGCAGCAAGAAGGCGCCGGCAGUCUUCAUGUUAUUUCUGACUUUGACAUGACGCUGACCAAAUUCGCCCACAAUGGCAAGAGAGUCCCCACCACUCACAACAUCCUGGACAACCGGCUGUUGGUUGAUGAAGAAUGUGGCAAAAAGAUGAGGGAGCUUCUGAGCACAUAUUAUCCCAUCGAGAUCGACACCAACCGGACUGUUGAGGAGAAGUUGCCCUUCAUGGUGGAGUGGUGGACCAAAGUUCACCAGCUCCUGGUUGACCAGAAGAUCAGGAAGGAUCGUCUUGCUCAGGCUGUCCGAGAGUCCACCUCCAUGCUCAGGGACGGCUGUAAAAUCUUCUUUGACUGUCUUGCCGAUCAGAAUAUUCCUCUGCUGAUCUUCUCCGGUGGGGUCGGCGAUGUCCUGGAGGAAAUGAUCCGCCAGAACCACAUCUUCCAUCCGAAUAUCCACGUCAUCUCCAACUACAUGGACUUUGACCACACUGGCGUCCUCCGAGCCUUCAAAGGUCAGCUGAUCCACACCUUCAACAAGAGUCAAGGAGCUCUGUCGCUCGCUGCCCGGGUCCCAAAACUUCAGGCUCGCCCCAACGUGCUGUUGCUAGGAGACUCCCUUGGAGACCUCAACAUGGCAGCCGGGGUGUCCAAUCCCCGUAACGUCCUCACAGUGGGCUUCCUCAAUGACCAGGUGGACGAGAGGAGGGAGUCGUACGUCAACUCCUUUGACAUCGUGCUGACGAAGGACGAGACGAUGGACGUCCCCAACGCCAUCCUCAAGUUUGUCACGUCAUCAUGCGACAACAAGUAAGACGAGCAGGACUUAUUACUUUCACUUUCACCUCAGGGAAUAUUUGAGCUUUCAUGCAAGUCCCACGUUACCAUGGUGACAAUGUGGCACGCUAAAUAGAAGCGUCAUAGCUAAAAAAAAAAAAAAAAAAAUAGAAAUCCCAAUUUGUCAAUGAGCAACAAAGUUAAUUCAAAUUUAACAAUGGAGUCACCGCUGAAAACAUGACCACUACUCCUUCACAAAUCUUUCAUUAUUCAUAAUUUAAUCCAAAUUCCAUUUUUACAGAUGCGACUAACUCAGGCUGCACUUUUAAAAAUUUGAUCUGUUUGUGGAUUUUUUUUUUCCUUUUAUAAAAAUUUAAAAUCUAAUAAUUUUUAAUAGCUUCAUAACACAAUGUUAAUGUUAACACACUUGUCACUUUCAGCUAAGACUCCCAUUGUUAAAUAAAAUGUAAUCAGUGUUAGCUUUAAAAGUGUACAUGUACAGUCACCCCUCCUAAUGUCACGGCUGGAUUAUCAAUCAAAUGGGGGCGUUACCGAAAUUAAUCACCGCUAGAUUGUGUUUUUUUAUUAUUAGUCAGAAGAUAUCGCAAUAUAGGUGAUAUGUAGUAUUAUUGCCACUCGGCAGCAGUAAUGACACAAAAUAUUGAUAUUACCUUAACACAAAGUUAUCCUCCCAAUGUGUGUGGAAGUGGUAAGUUUACAUUUAUGAGUCUAUGAGUAAAGGUGACUAUAGCGGUGUUAUUUCAUGUCUACACGGCGCUAAUGUUAAAAAUUGUAUUUCGAAAGUUUCAAAACAGGUUUUAAAUCCCACGGAAAUUCAUUUAACUCCGAACUAACUCGGAACUGUGGAAGUAAAUAAGUUCUAAAGGAGGGGUGACUGUACUGUACUGUAUUCUGUUUUAGGCACUUUUAUGUAUCGUCUAUGAAGACUUGUGUCAUUUGUGUCACUGUUCAAGGAUGAUCUGGUGCUAAGUAACUUUUAGCAUGUUUGUGUACAACAGGGGCGGGCAAAUAUUUCGACUCGUGGGCCGCAUUGAGUUAACAAAAUUGUCUGGUUUGGGGCAAAAAAAAUUUAUGCUUAAUUAUGUCAAAUUUUAUUUGUAAAAGUGUUAUACUAUCAGCUGUAUCUUCUCAUCACAUCAAACUAUGUCAUUUAAUUUGACACUUUUGUUGUUUUUAACUAAUUAAGACUUCCGAGUCAUGUUGUGCUAGUUUGUAUGUAAAAAGUUGAAAAAAUUAGAAAGCAACUGGCGGGCCGGAUUCAAACAUUUGGUGUACCGCAUGUGGCCCCCGAACCGUAGUUUGCCCACCCCUGGUGUAGAAGGUCCAUACUGUUGCGUUUACUCUCACUGGUAGCUAACUUAAUUAAUUGCGGUAUUAGUUACUAAUAUUACUAUUAGUAAUUACUCUUAAAUACAAUGGAUGUUUUUUUAAAGCAGUGACUGUUACACUCAGGUGAAAAGGUCAUUAUUUAUUGAAAAUAGUAUCUUUUUGGGGGGGGUGAGGGGGGGUUGGAACAUUUGGUGAGUUCAAGGGACAACGCUACUGUAGUUAUUUUGUAUUGUGCUAUUCACUUACCUUUGUGAUAGCUUAGCAUGGCUAUAAAGCUGGGAAUGUUUCAAAACAAGGUGCUUGUUUGUCUAGCCCCCCCCCCCAAAAAGAACACCAGAUCCGCCCCCCCCAGCUAAAAGUUACAUAAACAAACUGUAGAAGUC